AUUACCCUCUCUGUAAGAAGAUUGCUCCAGAAUUGAUCGCAGCAGCAGACGAAGCAAUGCUAGCGAGGAAGCAGCAAACAUAUACUCUAUUAAUAGAUGAUGGAGACGAAGCGGUUAAGGAGAAAAAACCUUCAAAGUCAGAUAAUAAGCGCAAGAAAAGGUUUAGAAAGACUGAUGAAGAGGAGGAGGUGCCUGUUGUUAGAGAGGUUAGAAGAAAGGUUGAUGAUGAUGCUUCUGAGUCAGAAGAGGAAAGAGUGCGUCACCAAAAGGAGAGACAAGAACUCGAGCAGCAUUUAAGAGAUCUUGAUACUUUCAGGUAUCAUGUAGUUGUAGCGUCAGGGGCUAAGUGUUACAUUAUAUAUUCCUGA